GGCGCAUGAGCCUCUGGUCGGAGAUAAAGAGGGAACAUCUCCGCGUAGAGAAGAAAAACAUGGUUAAGACUGUGGAGUCCGGGCCAUUGUGGCUCUUGAACACCACACCAACCUGUGACUGUUGUUUUUUCACUCGUGCUUCUUUGACAUAAUCGCCCCUUAUUCGUGCGCAUGCACUUUUAAUCAUCUGUAAAUGAACAAAUAGGGGGUAGUUCACUGACGCGCGCGGAGCCAUACUUCAUCUUUCCGGGGUGAAAGAUUUAUUAGUGCAUUGUUUAUGUCGGUAUUUGGUUUUAAAGUGUGUUUGCCGACCUUCAGACGCCUCGUUCGGACGUGUUUUCGUGCUAAUGGGGAAUGUGAAUGAUAAUAAUAAUGGCAGAUAGACCGGCAUGGCACGUCAGACAGAAGAACACUGGGAGAGUGACAAGGACGGGGAGAGGGAGAAAGAAAGGGGAGGGGAACUGACAUUAAAGCAACACAACAAGGAAACUACACUGCAGAGCCACAGACGCCUUCAUUUUAUGUUUUUGAAUAAUAGCCGGAGCUAGUGGAGGCGAAGUGUAUCUGAGAAAUCUGCCCGGAGCUCCACCGCGCACAGCCUCAAGUGCCCCAGGAAGGAGCCGCUUUUGGACCGAGUUGGAUUUGCAGGCGCUCUCCGACGCUUUGCUCAGAUAUGGCAGAUGUAAACACCAUCAGGCUGAAUCAUGUAUCCACAGGCUCCGAGCUGCCCUGCUCUCCACAGGUGGUGGAGGAUGGAGGCGAGGAGGAUGAGGAGGAGCUGAGUGGAGGAGAGGAGGCAGAUCUGAGGUCCAGUUCCGGCCGAGGGUCCCUGCUGACCCGCAGAGGCAUCACCCUGAGGGUCCUGCUCAAAGAUAGCCUGGUGGAGCCGGGAGACGGUGUUCUAUCCAUCCACUACCUGGGGAAAAACUUUAUUGGUGACCUGUUGACUGAUGGGAAAAUCCGAUGGGUGGAGACGGGCCAGAUCUUCAACUCCCCCAGUGCCUGGGCAACACAUUGCAAGCGUCUGGUUAACCCAGCCAAGAAAUCUGGUUGUGGCUGGGCGUCUGUACGCUACAGGGGACAGAAGCUGGUCCAGUACAAAACCACUUGGCUGCAUAAAUACCAACCCAGUGCAGACAUGAGUCUGGUUAGUGAAGAGGAUGAUGAUGAGGAUGAAGAGGAAGGGAAAACGGCUGUGCAGGCAGACGAAAAGAACAAAAACAACAAACCUGGAUUACAUGAUGUCAUGGUUUCCCGGAGGACGGACCGAGAAAGAAUUCCUGUCAGAUAUUGCACCUUGGGCACUCGGGAUGCUGCCAGAGAUCCACACACACUGGUGGAGCUGUCAGCCUUCUCUGCCAUCAACAGAUUCCAGCCUUUCAAUGUAGCCGUGUCCAGCAACGUCCUGCUGCUAAUGGACUUCCACUGUCACCUGACUACCAGUGAGGUGGUGGGAUAUCUGGGAGGACGAUGGGAUACAAACACACAGUUGCUGACUGUCUUAAGGGCUUUUCCUUGUCGAACCCGACUGGCAGACAGAGACUCGGCUUCUGCUGUGGAGGAGGAGAUCUGUCAGAACCUGUUCAUGCGAGGGCUGUCUCUGGUGGGAUGGUACCACAGUCACCCACGCGGCCCGGCCCUGCCAUCCCUCCAGGACAUCGACUCCCAGAUGGACCACCAGCUGAGGCUGCAGGGCUCCAACAACGGCUUCCAGCCCUGCCUGGGCAUCAUCUGCGGGCCGUAUUAUCACGGAAAUCAAGGUGUGGCAUCCACAAUAACCCCUUUCUGGGUCGUGCCGCCCCCUGAGCAACGGCCUAAUGACUAUGGAAUCCCAGUGGCUGUGGAGGUCACAUAUGUACAGGACAACUUUCUCACCAGUGACGUCCUUAAUGAGAUGAUGCUACUAGUUGACUACUACAGGGCGGCUCCAGACAUCGUCCAGUUCACCCAGUACUGGUGUCCUGAUACAACCAUGAUGGACAAGAUUAAGGGCUCUCUAAGCUGCCACGCCCCCAAAGACCAGGCCUACUCUCAGAUCUUGGAGCACGUUUACAGUCAGCUGAACAACAUGCAAUGAUGCACAGAGUGGAUGUUGUGCGUGUGAGCGUGUUGCCGCUCUCCAUCUCAACUCAUUUCUUUUCAGACACUUAGCGCUGGCAGGACUGGUGCCACGGGUCGGGCAUAGUAUGAAAAAAAAAAAAGAAAAACGCUUGAAAAACAGAUAAAUGCCUUGAAAAUUCUCAUGUUUGACUGAUUUCAUUUUCAUACAGCGUUACUGAUCGUGAAACCCGGUACCAAACAUUUUACGGACCAGAGAUCAGCCCGUGCACAAGCUGACUUUCUUCCUUGGACACAUGGACCUAUAUGUGCCUAUCUGGGCCAGUAUUUGGUGGUUUGAGCUGAUACGACCAGAUAUGUACAAUGUAAACUUUCAAUGUGUAGUGAUUGCCUUCAUAGUGGUUGAUUAGAGCAAAAUAUACGACUCUUGGCACAAUAUGGAAAGGUUUGUUUUAUUUGUUUGUUUGUGUUCCUUAAACCACAUUGGAGGGUUAAAAUGCCUAGUGCCAAACAGUGUGUGUUUUUAGUUAAUACUACUUUAAUGAACUGUGUGUGUGUGUGUGUGUGUGUGUGUGUGUGUGUGUGUGUUUGAGUGGUGGAUGUGCCCCUCUACUGUGAUGUGAGACGUCCGUCCUGUGGGUUAGGACAGAUAUUUGCUUCCUCUUGACCUGUACUGUAUUUAUUACUAACUGUGGGUUGUGUAAUGUUAUGUAAAACAGAGCAAUGCCUUAAGCCUGCUGUUAAAUGAUCCUCAAAGCAUUAAAAUAUACACACUGGAACUACAGUCAA